AUCUCCCUCCUCUCUCUCUCUCUCUCUCUCUCUCCAAUGGCACCGGACAGUCUCAGAUAAUGCAACUUCACUUUCAUCCCCUCACUCUCUAAAGCCUCAAUUCAUCUUCUCCGGAUAUAUCCCCGGUGACUUCUCGUUCAUUUCUUUCUCUCUCUCUCUCUCUCUCUCUCUCUCUCUCAACAAUUCUGUGCCGAUCGUCUCUACUUACCGGAAUUCCUGAUCCGACCGGUUGUACUCGGAGUUCGAUUCUGUUGAGUUUUUUUUUUUUUCUGAUCAGUUACUUUAGUGAGAACUGUUAAUCGGUGAUUCACGUGCUCAAUAAGAACUACUCCGAAGCUCAACCGUGUAAACCAAUUUACGCACACAAAAACGGAGAAGAAUUAAACAUGUUGGAUCUCAAUCUGAGCGCUGUAUACGAUGGAGUCUCAAUGGAGAGGCUUCCGGAAGGUUGUGGAAGGCAAAUGGACGUGGAGUCGGGGACUUCGAACUCCUCGCUGCUGAACGCGGACGCAUCCAGCAGCGCCGGCGACGACGACUCGUGCUCGACGACGCGUGACGCCUUCGCCUUCAAUUUCGGCAUCCUGAAGGUCGGAGGAGGCGAGUUCAACGAGAAUCGGGGGACUCGGUCCGAGUUCGUGACUCGGCAGCUGUUCCCCGUGACCGGGGAUGGCGGCGAGUUAACUCAGGGGCAGAGCUCGGUGAGGCCUAACUGGGUAGAUCUCUCGGUCGAUCGAGCGAGACAUGGUGGAGUACCGGAGGUGAGUAGAUUGAUGGAGAAGCAGCAGGUGAAGAAGAGUAGAAGGGGGCCGAGGUCGAGGAGCUCGCAGUACAGAGGAGUCACGUUCUACAGACGGACUGGAAGAUGGGAAUCUCAUAUAUGGGACUGCGGGAAACAAGUAUAUUUGGGUGGUUUUGACACUGCUCAUGCUGCGGCUAGAGCGUAUGAUCGAGCUGCAAUCAAGUUCCGUGGCGUUGAUGCUGACAUCAACUUUAAUCUCAGCGAUUAUGAAGAUGAUCUGAAACAGAUGAAGAAUCUCACCAAAGAAGAGUUUGUGCACAUACUCCGUCGCCAGAGCACUGGUUUCUCGAGGGGGAGCUCAAAAUACAGAGGGGUAACUCUGCACAAAUGCGGCCGAUGGGAGGCUCGAAUGGGGCAGUUCCUAGGCAAAAAGUAUGUAUAUCUUGGGCUAUUUGACUCUGAAGAAGAAGCUGCAAGAGCAUAUGACAAAGCGGCUAUCAAGUGUAAUGGAAGGGAAGCAGUCACCAACUUUGAGCCAAAUACAUAUGAAGGAGAGAUGAUCGAUGAGGUCAAUGAUGGAGGUAGCGACCACAAUCUUGAUCUAAACUUGGGGGUUUCAACCCCUUUUGUAGAUGGUUCAAAGACUAACGGAAGUUUGGGGCAUUUGCAGUUUCACCCCUACGAUGUCCAUGAUGGAAGGAGACCAAAUAUGGAGAACCCUGCGACAACUACAGCUGGCAAUCGAACUCUUGAGGGACUACCAAUGACCUCAGAGCGUCCUCUCUCGCGGGCUGGCGUAUAUCUCAACUUCUUUCCCGAUUAUGAGGAAAGAGCAGCAACUAAAGGAAUUGAGGGGGUUUCCUCUUCACAACGAUCACCAAACUGGGUGUGGCAAAUGCAUACUGCAGCAUCAUCAGGAUUCUCAUCUGCGGCUACUUCUGCUUUCUCGGCUUCUCUUCAUCAACCAAAACUCCCCAAUCUAGGUUAUUCUUCAUCUACUGCGGCAAGCACAAACUCGCAAUACUACUGCCAAACAAGGCCGCUGCAAGCACCACCAUACUAGUCUUUUCUUCUACAUUUAAUGUGGAUCGCAGGCGUAACAGGGUCUUUCAUUCAUUUGUGUUGCAAACGUUGAUUGAUAUAUAGUAAUAUACAAGACCAGGCUUAUCACCUUUGUAAAACCAUCGCCAUACUAUUAUUGCUCUUUUAGUACUAUACAAGACCAGGUUGACACAUAAAGCAACUACAAACUACUAUCUC